UCCGUUCAAACUCCAUUUGAAUGCACUUUCACCAAACUUUCACGAUGUGCUUUGCCGAGUCACGACUACAUGGCACAUACUCUAUUCAACCACUUAUCAUCCGCUACCGUCUAGUUUUCUUCACACUGCUAUUACUUCGCAGUAUGCUGACUUUUGACCGUAGUUCUCGAUGGUAUCCCUCAUACUUAGAGAGAAGCUUUAUAUCAAUGAAGUCAUCCUCGGAACGGGCUUUGGGAUCAUCAUAGGCCCUUAUGUUGCCAAUAUCUUCACACCUCGUUCAUGGGUCCUCGCCACCGGCUUGUUCGCAGCGGGAGUCGAAUUACCCUGUGCAUAUAUGAAAGAGCAUGUUAGGAGCUUGCUCGUAAUGGUUGUGCCCACAAUGGCAUUUGGCUGGGUUGUCAUCGCCAGCGUCAUACAUGCGCUAUUCCCGGAGCUCAAUUAUACCUCGUCUCUUUGCAUCGCUGCCUGUUUGACCCCUACGGACCCAGUCACAUGUAUUGCCAUCAUUCGUGGAAAAUAUGCUACUAAACAUGUUCCAGUGAAUAUCCGUCGACUAUUGACCGCGGAGUCCGCAUCAAAUGACGGUCUUGCAUACCCUUUUCUUGCGAUAUCCAUAUACCUUACCGUAGAGACAUCCGUUCGAACCGCUAUCGGCAAGUGGUUCUUGGUGGGAUGGCUGUACCAGGUCAUUCUUGGCACCGUUUUAGGCGCCGUUCUGGGUCAUCUGUUCUCCAAGCUCAUGAAAAUAUCCCAUGAUAAGGGCUUCAUAGAUCGGGAGUCGUUCAUUGCGCAAUAUCUAGCUUUAUCCAUCUUUACCGUGGGAGUCGCGAGCACGAUCGGCGCGGAUGAUCUUCUUGCAGCAUUUGCAGCAGGUUGUGCAAUUUCCUGGGAUGGCCACUUCCAUGCACAGACAGAAAACGACGCCUUUUCUUCUGUAAUAGAUUAUGUCAUGAACUGUGCCUGCUUCAUCUAUAUCGGCGCUUGGCUACCUUUUGAUAACUAUCACUCUCCUGAGUAUGGCAUCACCCCUUGGAAGCUUGUUGUCCUCAUGAUCGCCAUUUUGUUCUUGAGGCGAAUUCCAUUCUUAUUGAUGGUCUACAAGUUUGUUCCCGAGAUCACUUCCUGGAAGGAAGCUCUAUUCUCUGGCCACUUCGGUCCGAUGGGAGUUGGUGCAGUUUUCGUGUCUUCCCUUGCACUUACACGUUUGCCCACUCCGGAAUACCCUCCUGUAGAUCAAGCACAGUACCUCGCUGUAAUUCUUCAGCCUAUCGUGUCUUUUGUCGUUCUUGGCUCCAUCGUCAUUCAUGGCUUGUCUAUCCCGUUCUUCAGCAUCGGUCGUGGCGUACAUUGCCGCACGACCUUGUUGACCAUCAUGGAGACGUUCCCUGAUAUUGUGGGAGCAACAGUAGAUGGUGAUGUCGAGCGAGGCUCCACGGUUCCAGGCUAUAUAUCCAAGGGCUCUGAUGGAUCUGAUGUGGAUACCCCUCUGACCACUACUUAGCGGCACCAUGCUAUCAGCGGAAAAGCCACGCAGCCCACAUCAUGUGAUUUUUCGUGCUGGGGGGUGGACAAACUGUGAGGUUGGUGUCGAGAUGCUAUAGAUGCGCUGUUUUAUCGACUGGUACACUGGCAGCAAGGAGGCGGACGUUUCAAAACAAGGUGAUGGCGUGGAUAAUAUAUAACCCUUUGAGUAUUACGAUCUGCUGUCGUCGAAUAUUCUAACCCAGUCAAAUGACAUGGCG